CCGGGGAGCGCGCGCGCCGCCGCCGCCACCGAGCUGGGCCGAAGUUGCCGGUAAUGGGGUUUGAAGGUGAUGGCCUUGAUUGAAGGCCUCGCGGCGGGGUCUUCCGCUGUUGCUGCGCUCGCUGCCGAGGUCUCCGUUCACUCUUCGUCAUGAGAGGAGAUAGAGCCCUGAAACAAAGAAAUCUGGAUCACAGAAAAAGUAUUCAAGGGUCAUGCAAGCCAACUGUAGCCAACUCCACAGCCCUCCAGGAGCUGCAGGCAAUGAGGAUGCCUCAGUCUCCCAAUGUGUCCAUACAAAAUUGACAGGAGAAGGUUCUUGUCUUCAUUCUGGAGAUGUUCAUAUCCAGAUAAACUCCAUACCUAAAGAAUAUGCUGAAAAUCCAACCUCCAGAAAUAAAAGGUCAGGUGUCCAUAGCUGUACCCAUGGAUGUAUACAUAGCCGCUCACGGAGUCAUUCCCACAAUGAAGCAAGGCAGCCUGAUGAUACUGCCACAGAGGCUGGAGAUCAUAGUAGUAGCUCCUUCUCAGAAUUCCGCUAUCUCUUCAAGUGGUUACACAAAAGUCUUCCAUAUAUUUUGAUUCUCGGUGUCAAACUUGUUAUGCAGCAUAUAACAGGAAUUUCUCUUGGAAUUGGGCUGCUUACAACUUUUAUGUAUGCAAACAAAAGCAUUGUAAAUCAGGUUUUUCUAAGAGAAAGGUGCUCAAAGAUUCAGUGUGCUUGGUUACUGGUAUUCUUAGCAGGAUCUUCUGUUCUUUUAUAUUACACCUUUCAUUCUCAGUCACUUUAUUACAGCUUAAUUUUCUUAAAUCCUACCUUGGACAAUGCAAGCUUCUGGGAAGUACUUUGGAUUGUUGGAAUUACAGACUUCAUUCUGAAAUUCCUCUUCAUGGGCUUAAAAUGCCUUAUUUUGCUGAUGCCUUCUUUCAUCAUGCCUUUUAAAUCCAAGGGUUACUGGUACAUGCUUUUAGAAGAAUCAUGUCAGUAUUACCGAACUUUUGUUCCCGUACCAGUUUGGUUUCGUUACCUUAUAAGCUAUGGGGAGUUUGGUAAUGUAACCAGACGGAGUCUUGGGAUAUUGCUGGCUUUACUCUACCUCAUACUAAAACUUUUGGACUUUUUUGGACAUCUGAGAACUUUCCGACAGGUUUUGCGAAUAUUUUUUAAACGACCAAGUUACGGAGUGGCUGCCAGCAAGAGACAGUGUUCAGAUGUGGAUGACAUUUGUUCAAUAUGUCAAGCUGAAUUUCAAAAACCCAUUCUGCUUAUCUGUCAGCAUAUAUUUUGUGAAGAAUGCAUUACCUUAUGGUUUAACAGAGAGAAAACGUGUCCACUGUGCCGAACUGUGAUCUCAGACCAUAUAAACAAAUGGAAAGAUGGAGCCACUUCAUUCCACCUUCAAAUAUAUUAAGUUGUAUGAACUAUGAAGGCCACAAAACACUAAUUUCAUUUGGUUACACUGACUAUUGAUAAAGACAUUAGAAUGGGUUUUCAGGACUAGAAGUUAAGGAAAAUGGCUUCAAACGGUUUUAGGUUAUUAUAGUAAGAUUUAAGUGUGUAGUCAAAUUUAUCAAAAGAUUAAAAGAGAGAACCUUAUGUUUUAAGAAAUAUAUAAGUAAUGUUCAGCCUAAUGCAUAUGGAAGAUUUAUUCUGUCCUAAUUAUUUGACAGGUGGUUGCAGUGUUAAAUUGUGAACGUUUUCUCAUUAAUGUUAUCAAAAUGGUAAUUGGGUAACUAAAACUAGUGGUUUUAGAGGAACUCAGGUAUUCUUUUCCUGACAUUGUUUUCAGAAUAAAGAAUAUUUUUCAUAGUAUUUUAAGAUACAGUUUAUCUGAAAGAAUUUUCUUUAGCAUUGACUUUUAUAGUUCCCAUUCUAAAAAUUCUUAAAAUUUUCAUAAAGUUUGUAUUUUUAAAUGAAAGUUCUAAAAGCUAUUUUUUAUCUGUACACAAUCAGAUUUUCUAAGUGAAGAUUAAUUUACUGAGGAUGAUAUAUUUUAAUACUGUAUUGCUCUGUUAAUAUGCUUAGCAAUCAAAUGAGAACAGAUGAUUUAAAUUCAUUGUUUGUGGACCUCAUACAUACAAUCUGCCAUCAGCUUUAAUGUACAUGAUACUACUUUUUGUAUAGUGCCAUGAACUAUCUUAAAGUAACUAUUAAAAUAAUCACAUAGAUUACAAACAGCUGGCUUCACUGAUGAUUUGAAUAGUGUGAUAAAUGAGACCUACUCAAAUUCUACAGAAGAUUUCCCUUAUAAAGCCUUCUCCAAAAAGUUUUGGAAUCUUAUGCUUGAGUUGUUACUUGAGAUUAAAGCUUACACUCAAGAGGCUUCCAGGACGCCUUAGUGUAGUCUGUUUGCCUCUAAGUACUUCUUAUACAGGGUGAUAGAAAAAGUAAUGAGGCAGUUUCUCUCUCCCCACGAACCUUUAAGACAGAAUCAAAUCUUUAACAGAAGUAUGAAGAACUGGGACGCCUGGGUGGCUCAGUUGUUAAGCGUCUGCCUUCAG